UAAAAGGAUAAAAUUAUGUUUCAAUUUUGGUUUUGAGACACCGUGUUUUAGAAAAGGUAUCCCCGAAACUCACUUUCGUCCUUUCCUACACAAAUAGCCAGCGUGCAAAGACGUUUCGUGUCUCCACAUAGACUUAAAAAAUGCGUUACGUUGCCGCAUACCUGCUAGCCGUUAUUGGCGGAAACAAGAGUCCCUCAGUUGGGGAUAUUGAGAAGAUACUUGGGAGUGUUGGUAUCGAGGUGGAGAAGGCAAAUGCUGAGAAGGUCAUCAGUGAACUGAAGGGAAAGAACCUUGAAGAACUCAUUGCUGAAGGUUCUGAGAAGCUUGCCUCUAUGCCAUCUGGAGGUGGUGGUGGUGGUGCUGCAGCUGCCCCUGCCGCUGGUGGAGAAGCCAAAGAAGAGAAGAAGGAAGAAAAGAAGGAAGAAUCUGAAGAAGAGGAAGAUGACGACAUGGGAUUCGGUCUCUUUGAUUAAACAGACUCUCAAAUAUCUUCUCGUGUAGAAAAUAUGAAAUAAAAAAAAA